CGUGCCGCCUCUCGCCCGCGGGACUCCGGACGGCGACCCUGCGCCGCCGGGCAGGGUGUUCCGGGUUUGGAGAAGCUGCCUGGCUCUGGAGACCCCAAGGUCGUCUCCUUUGACCAGCGGGGAGGCACCGCGUCCGGAGAGGGGACUCCCACAGGGACCGCCGCUGGGAGACGCGUCAUCCCGCUCCUCUCUUCUUUAAGAGGAACGGUCCAGAAUGGAGCUCAGGAAUUGGGAGUCCUGAGUGGGCAGGGCCGGGUUUCGGCCGCUCGGGGGGCGAGUUUAACCAGUCCGUCCCUGGGAGAAGUUGGCCGGGACGGCGGCAGUUCGGGCUCCCGCACCCGCCCACACAGGCCAGGCCGAGGGCUGGAAGGGCGGGUUUGGGGACUGAGAGGGACUCUGAUUAAAGCCGAAGGAGGGGUCGGAGACGGGGCUUGGAACCCUGCUGAGACAGCUGCCCGGUGUCCCCAGCCCGGUCAUUCGCCGAAGUCUGCUGGGCCAGCAGCUUCCAGGCUGGCUUAUAUAGACAGGGCAAGUGUCUGAUAUGCCCCCAUCCACACCCCCAGCGCUGCGCACCCCACCCCAACAUUGGUAUGAGCUGAGAAUAACCCUACCUCCUGUGGAGACAAGAGGGUGCUGUCAUUAGUCCCACCCCAGUAAAGAGCUGCUGGGGCUGAAUGGUCAUGGGGGAGCCUGGUAGAGAGGAGUAUAAAAUCCAGUCUUUUGACGCAGAGACUCAGCAGCUGCUGAAGACAGCACUCAAAGAUCCAGGUGCUGUGGACUUGGAGAAGGUGGCCAAUGUGAUUGUGGACCAUUCUCUGCAGGACUGCGUCUUCAGUAAAGAAGCAGGGCGCAUGUGCUAUGCCAUCAUUCAGGCCGAGAGCAAGCAAGCAGGCCAGAGUGUCUUCCGACGGGGACUCCUGAACCGGCUGCAGCAGGAGUACCAGGCUCGGGAGCAGCUGCGAGCCCGGUCCCUGCAGGGCUGGGUCUGCUAUGUCACCUUUAUCUGCAACAUCUUUGAUUACCUGAGGGUGAACAACAUGCCCAUGAUGGCCCUGGUGAACCCCGUCUAUGACUGCCUCUUCCGGCUGGCCCAGCCUGACAGUCUGAACAAGGAGGAGGAGGUGGACUGCCUGGUGCUCCAGCUGCAUCGGGUGGGGGAGCAGCUGGAGAAGAUGAACCGACAGCGCAUGGAUGAGCUCUUUGUCCUGAUCCGGGAUGGCUUCCUGCUCCCAAGUGGCCUCAGCUCCCUGGCCCAGCUGCUGCUGCUGGAGAUCAUCGAAUUUCGGGCAGCCGGCUGGAAGACGACCCCGGCUGCCCACAAGUAUUACUAUAGCGAGGUCUCCGACUAGGCCUCCCAGUCAGGCUGCCGCACCUGAAGCACCGGCCUCUCACCUACCCGACUUCCUGCCUCUCCCAAAGACUGUCCUUCCAGACUUUCAACAGCUCCUGAGCGGUUUCCCACUUAUGCUGUGGUCCUGCCCCGAGCACCUUCCCUCCUGGAUUCGGGAACUGGGGAAAACACCAAACAGACUUGCCCCCCACUGUCCCAUCACCUCCAACCUGGGCCAGGCAGAGAAAUGCAGCUUCUGAGAACCACUGCGUUGUGAAGCCACU